AUGAACCAAAAAGAAAAUCUUAAAGAGGAAGAUAUUACUAAAGGGGAUCACAAGAAAAAAUCACCCAAAGAAAAACAAUCAAUGAGUAAAGAGCGAGAAGAUUCAAUUAACUCUGGAUGGUCAGACAUUCCUGAAAUCCGAAUAAUUCAGACAGAGAGUGCAGAGCGAUUGGAUGAUGUGGGAGGCCAAACAAGAACAAAAAAGAAUUGUGAUACAGAUAUUGAUAAUGAAGAAAAGUAUAAAGUUACCAAAAGGAAAUUAAAAAAAGGAAAAUCACAACAGAAAAUCAAUCAAAUUUCCGAAACUAAGAAGAGUAAUAAGAACAUGAAAAAUAAUAAACCCAAGAAAGAGCUGAAUUUUAACGAAAAAGAUAGUAAAGAUUCUCCUGAAAACACCAAGAAAGCUCAUAAGCAGAAAGGUAGCACAAGUACUAAAGAAAACAGAAUAUCAUCAACAGAGAACCGUGCUCUAGAUGUUGAUGUUAAUGAUGAAGAGAACCAGUUAAUGUCAGAGAAUGAUGAUGAAGAUGAAAAUGAUCAAAGCAAGUUUAUUGUUCGUAAAGUAAAAUCAGGAAACAACAAAUUAAAGACACUACAAAAUACAAAAUCACAGUUAAACACAGCCAAUAGAGGUAUCAAAAGGGUUAAAGCUAAAGAGAACAAAUCUACAGAAGAAAGUUUUGAAAAUAAAUCUACAGAUAAAAGUAACACAGUAGAAUCAAGUAAUGAUAGUGAAGAAUCAAAUGAACAUACUGAAAGUGAAGAUGAUGAGAUGAAAGGAGAUAUAAAAGAGGACAACUAUUCAGAUCAAUCUGAUACAGAAGAUGAAAGUGAUCAAGGAAAUAGUGAGGAUGGGAAUGAUGUAGAAGAUUUUCCUUGUGAUGAAAAUAAAAUAAAAAACUAUAAAUGUUCACAGCAAGACAUUAAAAAACUAACAAAUGAUUUUGAAAGUGGAGAGAGUGGUGAGAGUGAUGUCUCAUCCCAAAAUACUGUUAAACAUGUUAGUUUACAGCAACAAAGAAAAGAAAGUAGAGAAGAAGAUAUUAAUAAAAAACAACCCGUUAAAGACCAAACAAACUCUCAGAAAGUAAUGGCCAGAUUUAAAAUUGCAAAUGUUCUUCUGAAUGAAGCAAGAAGAAGAAACAGUAAUGGUCUUGAGGAAAGUUAA